AUUUUAUAAUUUUUAUUAUUGAUACUUAUCAAAAAUUAGAACUAAAGGAAAUCAAUUAAUAAAUUUUAGAUAGUUCAAGUUAUUAUAGUAGGAGUUAAAGUUGAAAAAUACAAAAUGCACGAUUCUUUAUUUUAGUUAAACUAGGAAUCAUAUAAAGAACUUAAAAAAGAUCCAGCGCUGAUUAAGAGAUCAUUUUUCGAAGAUAUUGAUAUUAUUUAUGAUAAAAAAAAAGAUACUAUAAUUUAGUAAUAAAUAGAUUUCGACUCUCCACGAACAAAAUAAGUUAUGAUAAAUUAUGGCUUCACAGUUUAAGACUGCCUUAGGAGAAAAAAGCAAGAUUUUGCCUUACCAGGCGAGCCAAAUGAGAUUUGCGAAAAAAGAUACUUCUAUCAUCUAAAUUAGCUUUUUGAAAUUAAAAAGAGUAUUAUUGUUGAAAGAAAUAAAUAUAAAAGAUUAGCUUCUGCUAAUCCUUUUAUGUUUCAACAAAAAAAGAGUUUAGGGGCUUACAUACCAAGCAAUCCAAUUACUUCGACAAAUUUCAGAGCAAAAAGUAGUCAUGCAAGAUUAAAAUAGCCUUUAAAUAGUGAUAGCUCUUAUCUUCAAAACUCUCCAUCAAAUGUUGAAAAAGAAAAUUAAUUUAAGAAGUAUUUAGCUUAAAAAUUCAUAGAAGAUGAUAUAAAGGGUAAAGAGUUAUUAGAUAGAUAUGAAGAAAAAAUAAAGAAAGCUGAAUAGAUAAGAAAAAAUAUUAUUGACAACAAGGUCAAAUAGUAGCAAGAGCUUUAUAAACAGAGUUAAGAAAAAUUUAAUGAGUUUAAAAGAGAUUAGUAAAGAAGGCAAGUUUAAAACUUUUACAAAAGAUUUAAAGAAUCUAUUGAACAAUCCAAGGAAGAAAGUAUUCAUUAUGAAGACAAGUUUUUGGUUGAGAAAAAAAAAUAAAUAUAAAAGUAACAUGAAAAAGAUAGAUUGAAAGCUGAAAAGGUGUAAAAAAACAGAGAAAUUAAGGAUUCAAAUUAACUACUUUUGAUAGAAGAACGAGAAAAGAGUAUGUUUUAUGAAAAUGAUAGCUAAAUAAGUUCUAAGCACAGAAGUAUAUCUGAAAAAAGAUAAAGUUAUACUUCGAAAAAGUAGAAAGCAGAUACAUUCAAGCAAAAGUAAGAAGAAUUUAUGUUUUAAAGCUUUAUGGAGAGAAAUGAGAAAAAGGAAACUGCAUUGAAUAGUUUUAAAUAGAAUUAGAGUUUGAAGAUUUAGAAUAAAUUAAAAGUUAAAAUAGAAAAAGAAUAAGAAAUUAAAGAAAGAUUGGAGAGUCUUUAAUUUGCUUAAGAAGAGCAUAGAAGAAAAUUAGAAGAGAAAUUUAAAGAAGAGCAAAGAAAGUUAUAAAAGCAAAAGGAAGAACUACAAUAGAAAAUUAGAUAAAAGAUGAUGAGAAAGAGUGACUUAAUGGAGAAAAAUUAAAGCCAAUAUAUGGAAAUAUAAUUUGCUCAUUAACAAAAGGCAGAUGUUCUUAUGGAUGAAGAGAAAAAGUUACACAAUAAAUUGCUAAAGCAAAAAUAAUUAAGAGAAGAAAUUGAAAAAAAGAAUAUAGAAAAAAGGCGUUAAUAUGCUAUUGAAAAUGAAAAUUUAAAUGAGGAACUUACUCAUUUAAUAAAAAUGAAGGAUAAGGAUAAAGCCUUACAGAAAAUCAAAGAUCUUUAAGGAAAUUCUAUAUAUCUUUCGAAUUCUGUACAGGAAGUUAGCUAAAGUCCUAAAAAUAAUUCUGUCAUGAAAAAGUGA